UCACUAUUCCUUAAUGCAAUGGACAAUAUCUCACUGGUUCUGCAGAACAAAAUAGAUUACUUAAUGAGACAGGUUAAUGAUAACAAUGUUAACAGUAACCUCUCACUGAUACAGGAUACAAUGAAUAGCAUAAUUCAACAGAUUAUGGUACAUGCUAAUAAUACCAACAGGUCUACAGAUGAACUACUUCAAUUACUGAACGCUAGUCUUAUUAAAGAUAUCAGUAUACCAACUGCUGCUGCUGUUAAUGAUGUACUACUAAUAGUCAAGGAAUUACUACAGAUACAGAAUGGAUCCUCUACUCAAACUGUUUCAUGCAAAGUUAUUAAAGCAGCUCAUCCAAAUAGUCCUUCUGGUUACUAUCAUGUUAAUGGUCACAAUACAUACUGCUAUAUGGGAGAGCUGUGUGGACAAGAUGGAGGAUGGACAAGAAUAGCUUAUCUUGAUAUGACUAUGAACUGUCCUUCUGGACUUCAGGAAUGGUUCCCUAGCUCAGGCAAAGGCAAUAGAGUUUGUAGGAGAAAGGGUAAUUCUGCUGGUUGUAGGUCUAAUGUAUUCCAAACAAAUGGUAUCAGUUAUAGUCAAAUAUGUGGUAAAGUGGUUGGAUAUCAAAAGGGAAGAACUGAUGGACUCAACAUUGGCAAUAUUAAUAAACCUUAUAUUGAUGGAGUCAGUAUCACACGUGGGUCACCUCGUAAACAUGUCUGGUCUUAUAUAGCUGGAAUAAGGUCUGAUGUCAAUACAGGUGCUACCUGCCCUUGCAAUGCUGGAGCAACCAAUACAGUUCCAUCAUUUGUAGGAGAGCACUACUAUUGUGAGUCAGGAGCAAACAGUGAGCCUUCCCUUACUACAGUAUACACUGGUGAUCCAUUGUGGGAUGGAAAUAACUGUCCUUCAGUUGAAGCUCCUUGUUGUAAUGGUACUGGUCUUCCAUGGUUCUUUAGAGAUUAUGGUAAUGCUACCAUUACUGAUUACAUUGAACUGAGGGUGUGUGGGAAUGAGGUAUGGGGUAAUGAAGAUACUCCAGUUCAAUUGUAUGAGAUUUAUGUCAAGUGAAGAAACAAUUAAUAAUUAUAAGUAGUGCAUUGUCUUUGUUCGUAGGUAGUUUUAUAGAACAUUUUCAUUAGUAGAAAGAUAAUAAUAAUUAUUAUUGUGUAAAUAAAUCGUAACAAACAAUUUAAAAUUGAAAGCAGAGAUAUCAUAAACUACAAUACCUUGACAAAGUAUUUAUAAUGAAAGCAAAUGUGCUGUUAUUCAUUAAUAGUGCCAAUAUAAACACAAACAAAAUUAUAUAAAUAAAUAGAGCUUUAGAUAACCAUAAGCAGUGCUAGUAAAGAGAUGGAAAACAAGACAAUGUCAACAAGCUUUCAAAGUGAAGCUAAGGAUUUCAAUGAAGAAAUGAAGCUAACACAAAACACAGCCUAUCAACCAGUAGUAAAGACUGAUACUAGUACUGAAGAAGCAAUGUACUCAGAUCUUCAUGACUACUCAGAUUAUCAGCUACCAAAAGCUAAUGUUAAGGAUACCAAACCUCCUCAACAACCAGUGCAGUAUACUGUA